GUUCAACAAUAAAGUGUCUUAAUCUUGGUUGACAGAGUCUUCCAAUCUGGACAUUCUCCAUACAACGUGGGACACAACAUACCAACGGUCUGGAUUACCGAGCCAGGGCCCCAUGAACAGAACAGAAAACCCGAGUAUACUGUAAAAAAAAUCCGGGCUGAGUAUCAUAUAAUUCCUCUGUCGCAGCAGACGAGGGCGACACUGAGAAAAAGAAUGCAGACCGUUGUGGCCUCCUCUCAUCGCAUCCAACACCUCACCAUUCAUUCAAGGCGGAGAAUCGCAACCGUUCGAUCCUUCGCAGCAUCAGACACAUCCAACCGUUCACGUGGCGGUCUCCCGCGCUUCUACUCCGAAACUCUCCCCCCUUCGAAGGGCAAUGUCACUCGGGUACAAGGAGAUGAGUUUUGGCACAUGACAAAGGUCUUGCGCUUGAAUGCGAAUGAUAGGGUAGAGCUCUUCAAUGGGACAGGAGGUGUCAUUGAAGGAUGCAUACAGAGGAUUGAUCGAACCGGGCUGGAUUUCAUGGCAUUGGAGGAUCCAAAAGUAAUACCGGCUAUGGGCAUAGAGUGGCACGUUUAUGCUGCUUUUGGUACUUUAAAAGGUGGCCGGGCAGACUGGCUUGUUGAGAAAUGCACAGAGCUGGGAGCUAGUAGUGUUACACCUUUACUAACUGAACGUUCUUCUUCAAUCACAGAAAAUCGUGUGGACAGAUUGCAACGAAUCGUAUUAGCUGCAAUUAAACAAUGUCAACGGCUACAUGAAAUGACACUCAAGCCUCCGAUGAAAAUUGGAAGCCUUCUACCUGUAGUUGCUCAGUCAAAGUUAGCUUUUCUAGCAGCAGCGGAAGCAACUCCUUUGGUUAAUGCCCUGUCUUUCUCGAAAAAAGAAGCUAGCGGGCUUAUAAUAAUAGGGCCAGAAGGGGACUUCACUGAGGAGGAGGUGAAACUGAUGACUGGAGCGGGGGCUACUGCCGUUGGUCUUGGGCCGUGCCGAUUACGUGUUGAAACUGCAACCAUUGCACUCUUAGCAACUCUGAUGUUAUGGUCAGACUCUCAACCACCACAUCCUUGAUAGCAUUGUCAGCAGGUGCAUAAGCGUUCCAUUUGUGCGGCAGGCAGAGUAGCGGUAUAUCAAUACCCGCUGGAGAGAUGCGACGCACAGCGGUUGUGCCACGUAUAGAUGUAGUAAUGUGGCACUUGUGUGCAGCAUCCAAGGAGCGCAUUAGGUGCGGUCUUGAUCAUGGGGCCCACCUUGAUCUAUGUGCAGUAUAUCCACGCCCUCCAACCCUUUUCCCAGAUCAUUUUAGCUGGUGGGAUUAAAAAUGAAGCAGAUCCAAAUCUCAGGUGGACCACACUGCAGGAAACAAUUGGAUUGACCAAGCUUCUUGGGAGCCACGUAAGCUUUGGGCCUUUUUGGGAGCGUGGAUUUGAAAUACUCUUGUUGUGUUUGGCACCUAGAUUGAGAAUCAACUUUAAUCCAAAAGUAUUCAU